AUGUCUCUCGCAAUCGGCGCGGUCGCUGCUUUCAUUGUUGCAGCUUUCAUUCAUCACUUUUGUUCUCUGUUCGUCUUCAGCGCCCUAGCGAAAGUUCCAGGUCCCCAUUCAUUCGCCUGGACUGGAGCAAAACUGGCGUACGAGGACUACAAAGGUACUCGGACUCGCAAAAUCCACUCACUCCAUGCAAAAUACGGCCCUGUUGUUCGAAUCGGUCCCAAUGAAGUCUCGUUCAAUAGCAUUUCGGCGCUUCGAGCGAUCUAUGGUGCAGGGAGUGGCUUUCAAAGAACUAGCUUUUACAAAAUGUUCGAGGCGUAUGGACGAAAGAACAUGUUCUCGUUUUCCACUGUGAAAGAACAUGGUGAAAGAAAGAAACUAUUUGCCCACGCUUACGCAAAGUCCAUCAUGCUGAAAGGAGACAAUGCCGCGAUGGUGGAACGAAAGGCCAAACUGUACCUGGCUCUCCUGGAAAAGGACGGCCCAACGAGCGAAAUAUUCUCUACAUUGCACUAUUUUUCGAUCGACAAUAUCACCGAGUUUCUUUAUGGAAAAUUCGGAAGAACUUCUUGUCUAGAGGGCUCCGAGACAGAUCGUGACCUUAUCGGGGAUAUCAUUGAUGUAUCUCGCCGCAGACUUUCGUGGUACUCGGUCCACUUUCCGAAGUUCACAAAGUGGCUCUAUGCCCAAAGUGGCAUUUUGGGCUGCGUUACGAGUCAGUUUUACCCCAUGCAGAAGCCUACGACCUAUUCUGGGAUUAGAAACCAUGCUAUGAAAGCUUGCCAGAAUUUUGCCUCGGCGCCUGACAAUGAAAAGGUCAAUGAGAAGUCUUUGGUCUCAAGAUUAUGGAAUCAGCAUUCCUCUCGUAAGGAUGGUGGCCUAGAUGAUCUCGAUAUCGCGUCAGAAUGCGCAGAUCAUCUUCUCGCAGGAAUAGACACCACCAGCGACACCUUGAUGUUCUUGAUCUGGUCCCUCUCGCGGCCACAGAAUAUUAUAUACCAAAGGAGGUUGAUUGAGGAGGUCAAGAAUAUACCUGAAGAAGACCUGAAUACGGAUGGAAUCCCACGAACGGAUGUUUGCGACAAACUAUUCUAUGUGGAUGCAGUGAUCAAAGAAACACUCCGACUAUAUCCCCCCUUGCCGGGGUCUGAGCCACGCGCACUUCCCACAGCCACCACGAUUGAUGGCUACUGUAUCCCACCAGAAACCACCGUUUCGAUUGCUCCAUACACGCUUCACCGAAAUCCCGAAGUCUUCGCUGAUCCACUAAAAUUCAAUCCAGACCGCUGGCUAGAGUCUUCGGUUGACUCCAUAAAGAUGAAGCAAUGGUUCUGGGCAUUUUCCAGUGGAGGAAGGAUGUGUAUCGGAAUGCACCUCGCAAUGGCUGAGAUGACGACCCUCGUGGCUGCGAUAUACAGAAAAUAUUCAACGACGACCAAGGGUGGAUUCGAUCUCGCUUCUCCAGGUAUAACCGCUCGUUAUGAGGUGUUCUACGAGGAAAGUUGUGACGGAAUGCGGGAGCAUGAAUGUCAAGUUGAGUUCACACGUCACCGGUGA